GAAGUAAAAGUCUCCGUCAUUAUGUCUACCCUCAACGAACCCUUUUAUAUUCGCUACUAUUCUGGUCACCAAGGUCGGCAUGGACACGAAUUUCUCGAAUUCGACUUUCGAGUCCUAGGAGACGGGAGAAGCGCAUCCGCACGUUAUGCCAACAAUUCCAAUUAUCGAAACGAUUCCUUGAUUCGCAAAGAAAUGAACAUUAGCUCCUUGCUGGUUGAGGAAAUCAAGAGGAUUAUCAAAACUAGUGAGAUCAUGAAGGAGGAUGAUAGCAAAUGGCCUCAGAAGAACAAAGAUGGGCGUCAAGAAUUGGAAAUCAAGAUAGGCAGCGAGGUUAUCUCCUUUGAGACUGCCAAAAUCGGAUCUCUCGUUGAUGUCACAGAAUCUCAAGACCCUGAAGGCCUUCGGGUAUUCUACUAUCUUGUACAGGAUCUCAAAGCACUGGUAUUCUCAUUGAUAGCAUUGCACUUCAAGAUCAAGCCUAUUUAAAGAUUUGAUUCUGGAAAAAAUCCAGGGGAUGAAGGAGUUAGGCGUUGAGUUAUUUGCAAGACAAAUGGAUACCAAUAGAGGAAAAGCCACUUAUUUGUCUACACUGCUAAUGAUACAAAAAUCGACUCAGUCUUGGUCAAACUCUCAAAUAUCAUGAUAUGACAGUGCUGUUGUGCCUGAUUAGUCA